GAGCGUGAAUCAUACGGCAUGAUUGUGCGGAUUUUGCCAAUGACGCAUUUUUACUCUGUGCCCUUUAAUACCACAGUCUUGAUAGCUCGUCACGGAAGAAAACACUGGCGUGACGGACGUGAAAUUCGCUUACUCAAUCCGAUCACUCCCAGGCAGCAGCCAGCCAGCAGCAGGCCACGCCCACUUCUAGCAAUACGUUUUAUUAUCUAUGCCCCGCCCUUUUAUCGUCUCCCUUUAACUUGAUCUGCAGGCUCUCACUCCACAGCCCCGCUCCGCCGCCGCCAUGCCCGGGAUUCUGCUCGGUGAGGUGUUCCCGAACUUCGAGGCCGAUACCACGAUCGGCAAAAUCAACUUCCACGACUUCCUGGGUGACUCGUGGGGUGUCCUUUUCUCUCAUCCACGAGAUUAUACCCCUGUCUGUACCACAGAACUGGGACGUGCAGUAAAAAUGGCACCGGAGUUCAAGAAACGCAAUGUGCGAAUGAUUGCAUUGUCCAUAGACUCUGUGCCAGACCAUCUUGGCUGGAGCAAGGACAUAAAUUCUUAUAAUUGCGACGAACCCACGGAGACUCUGCCGUUUCCUAUUAUUGCGGAUCCCAAACGGGAUCUGGCUGUGAAGUUGGGUAUGCUGGAUCCAGAUGAGAAGGACAAUGAAGGGAUGCCGGUAACUGCCCGGUGUGUAUUUAUAAUUGGGCCUGAUAAGAAAAUGAAGCUCUCUAUCCUGUACCCAGCCACCACUGGAAGGAAUUUUGAUGAAAUCUUAAGGGUUGUGGAUUCCCUUCAGUUGACGGCAACACACAACGUUGCAACUCCCGUGGACUGGAAGCCUGGUGACAGAGUUAUGGUGCCACCAAAUGUCCCUGAGGCAGAAGCUAGUAAAUUGUUCGCUUGUGGAGUGUUCACCAAAGAACUGCCUUCUGGCAAGAAGUACUUGAGAUAUACUGCACAACCAAAAUAAGAAGUUCCACGCCGAUUCUUCCAACUGGUAUGGGUAAAGAGGGAUAAAAAAUUUGGCUGAUCUUUACACGUGAAUUAGUCCAAUUAAAUCUAAACUUAAUUGCCCUGAUCUGUAGGAAAAGUUGAAGCAACAGAGCGUAGACGCAAUACACUUUCUCACUUUGUCUGCUUAAUUUCUCCAUACAUUUAAGAUGGGGCGUUUUUUUGUUUUUUUUUAUGUUUAUUUCUGUACUGUUACAUUUUGCUAUAUUUUUGGUAAAAGGGUUAAAGCACUUAAUGUUUUGGGCUGAAAUCAUAUGUAAUCCUCUGGUCCUUAGAACUUCAGUUAUGUGUGUUGGAACAGUGUGCGUACAGUUGAACAAAUAAUUUUAACGUGAUCUCUGUAUAAACACCGAUAUAUCAGUCACAUGUCAUCUUGUGUGUUACUACAAAAAUAGUAAAGUUCUAACCCUCAGAACAUGUUCUCCUCAGAGUGCCUUUCUGACCAAAGCCUAUGCACAGUUAAUCCAAUAUUGUGUUUUUGCCAAAGAUUAUCAUGCAUUGGUAAUAGGGUGCUAAACUUUAGACUAAAGCGUAUGAAUGGUAUAUUCAAUUUGUUUCUUGCAUUUCAAUGGUCUCUCUGAUGUUGAGAUUUUUUGUUGAAUAAAUCAUUUGUUGCAAUUGAACAA